AUGAUUGUCAAUUUCCUGAACCCGGAAGGUUCGCCACUUGACAUUCGUUAUGGAGCAGAACGAGGAAAAACUGUGGUUGUCAAAAACGCGAUUUCGAAAACCAGAAAGGAGAAAGUGUUCGAGAACGAAAACUUUGUAGACAUGUUCUGCAACGAUUUCUCCAUUCUUCAACGAUUCAUCAGCCACCAAAAGGUUCCAAUGGAUGAGGUGUCCUUCAAGAUCUUUCGGGAGGAUCAUGCAGGAACUUUCGCAAAAAUUGGCAGCAUGCUCAGCAAAGGGAAACCUUUAACAACCAGGAAAAUCGCCUUGAAAGUGUACAGAGUGGAAGAGAUCAUGGCCAUUUUCCCAUACGUGGCACCAGGUGUUCUGAAGGAUAACUAUUUUGAGCAAUCGAGAAUGGGAAUCACCAGGAACAGUCAUCAAUUGAAUUUGACUGAUGUGGCUAAGCUGGAGCAGUGGAAGAAAGCGGAUACGGUGGAGAUCAAAGAUUUCACGGCUUUCCUCAAAGACGACACUCCAGAAUUCUUUGAAAUUUCUGCCGAAGCGCCCGAAGAACAUCUAUACUUUGAGCACGUGAUGAAAAAGAUGGGAGGAGACUGGACUGAAGAACGGAAUCGAGACCAAUUGAGAAGAUUCAGACAAGUAACUCCUGUGGGCAACAAAGACAAAGUGGCCACGUUUUUGCUUUUCUAUUCUUCUCUUAAACUAGAGAGAAAUUGUUUGUCUGAAGAUUAA